UCGAGAUUUCCGUACGACAUGCUAAGAAGUAACUCCUGUCACUAUCUCAAAAUAUCCUGACAGUUUCUCUUAACUUAUACAGAUAAAUUAUCCCGCGUUUUUCCCCCCAUUCUAUUUUAUUUCUAUUUAACCUAAAAUACGUGUAUUUCCAGACUUUUCUUUCGUUUUAAGCAGUGGGCUUUUGAAAACAGCGCGAAAUGAUUAUGAAUAACAGACUGGUCCACAUGAGCGUCUGCUAGCAGCUAGAGUCCUGAAGAUCCUGACGUGCACUGAAAAUUACCUCAAAAUUACAUAUUUUGCAACAAAUAAAGGUGUUUAGGGAUGGAGCUGCAGGCGGUGCUGAUGGCAGCUGGUGGAGGCUCCAGAAUGAUGGAUCUCACCUAUAACACACCCAAACCCCUGCUGCCUGUAGGGAACAGACCCCUUAUCUGGUAUCCACUCAACCUGCUGGAGAGAGUUGGCUUUGAAGAGGUGAUUAUUAUCACUACUAAAGAGGUUCAAAAGGCACUGAGCACAGAUCAGCGUCUGAAGACCGAUGUGAAGAUGAAGCUGGAUGUGGUGUGCAUUCAGGAAGACGCUGACAUGGGCACUGCAGAUGCCCUUCGACACAUCCAGCAAAAGAUCAAGACGGACAUCUUGGUGGUAAGCUGUGACCUGAUAACAGACGUGGCCCUGCAUGAGGUCGUAGAUCUUUUCCGUGCCCACAACGCCACGCUGUCCAUGCUCAUGAGCAAAGUAAACGAAUUUACAGAGACCGUCCCCGGCCAGAAGGGCAAGAAGAAAGCAGGAGAGCAGCGGGACUUUGUGGGCAUUGAUGGCACAGGGAAGCGACUUCUCUUCAUGGCCAAUGAGGCGGACCUGGAAGAAGGCCUUAUCCUCCGAAAAUCAGUCAUGCGCAAACAUCCCAGAAUGCUCAUCAAAGCAGGCCUGCUGGAUGCCCACCUAUACUGCCUGAAGAGAUCUGUGGUUGAUUUCUUAGUAAGCAACAAGUCUGUCACGUCAAUAAGGGGCGAAUUAGUGCCUUUUUUGGUACGUAAACAAUUCUCAAAGUCCCUCAAUUCCCCAAAUGUCACAGAGGAUUCCGAGAGUCAGAAAAAAGAGGAUAUUCAUGUUAAUAUGGAGCUCCUCAGCAAUAGCAAAGAUGACGCGUUGCUUCAGCUUGCCAGAGAGAGGUCGUGCUGGAAUGAUCAUCGUGGAGACAUGAGCGAGGCCUAUCAUGGCGGAAAGCUACGCUGCUACGUUCACAUUAUGGAGGAGGGCAUGUGCUAUCGCGUCAACACACUGGCGGCUUACAUAGAGGCCAAUCGUGUGGUUCCAAAGCUGUUUGAGGAGCUUCCAGUACAUCCGACUGCUGCUGUGUCUGAACGCUCACUGGUUGGAAGUGACAGCAUUAUUGGGGCAUACUGUCAGAUAUCGGACAAGACAUCAAUAAAGCGCUCAACGAUUGGUGCAUCGACUACGAUCAAGGAGAAGGUCAAGAUUACCAACUCCAUCGUCAUGAACGGAGUGACUAUUGAGGAAGGGUGCAACAUUCAAGGUAGCGUGAUCUGCAACAACGCUGUGAUUGGACGCGGGGCCGACAUCAAGUACUGUCUGGUGGGGAGCGGUCAGCGUGUGGAGCCGGAGGCGGAAAGAACCAAUGAUGUCAUUGUUGGAUCGGACCAGCUCAUGGAGAUCUAGAGCGCCGGUGCAGAUGGAUCACAUGCCCGAUGAAGUAUACAUUAUUGUGGAAGAAUCUGCUUCCAUGUGCAGAUCCAUUUUUUAUAUUCCAAUAA